CAGUUUAAGGACAGUUGUUCAGAGUGUAAACCUCUUCUGUUAACUGCAGGGCUUAGUGAGAGCAGCGUCAUCAACAGCCAGAGGAAUGUCUGUUUUAGGGGACUUUAUUUUCUUCCUUUUCUCCAAUCCCACCACCUGGUUGGGGGUUGUUGUUCUCCUGCUCGUCCUCUAUCUUGUUUCCAGCAGUGUCACCUUCCAGGAGAUGAGGAAGGGGCCUCCGGGACCAAGGCCUCUUCCCCUGCUUGGCAACCUGUUGCAGCUUGAUCUCAGCAGACCCUACAAAACCCUCUUUCAGCUUUCAAAGAAACAUGGGUCGGUGUUUACAGUGUACCUUGGACCCAAAAAAGUGGUGGUCCUGGCUGGUUACAAGACAGUCAAAGAGGCUCUGGUCAGCUACGCAGAAGAGUUUGGAGACAGAGAAAUCCUCCCAAUUUUUUAUGAUAUGAAUCUUGGUCAUGGAAUUCUGUUUGCAAAUGGAGAAUCAUGGAAAGAGAUGAGACGCUUUGCCCUCACCACCCUGAGAGACUUUGGGAUGGGCAAACGAAUGGCUGAACAUAAAAUCCUGGAGGAAUGCCACCAUCUGAUCCAAAUGUUUGAAAAGCAUAAAGGGAAACCAUUUAAUACAGCACGCCUGGUGAAUUAUGCAACAUCCAAUAUCAUUUGCAAUAUUGUGUAUGGAAGCAGGUUUGAAUAUGAUGAUCCUCAAUUCACAAACAUGGUGACGCGAGCCAAUGAGAACAUACGUGUUGUGGGCUCUGCAGAAAUCCAGCUUUACAACAUGUUUCCCAGGCUGGUCAGUUGGGUAAAAAGCCGACAGCUGAUAUUAAAAAACACUGAGACAACUGUAAGAGAAGUCAAAGAUUUAUUCAAGAGUCUGAAAGAGACACUGAACCCUCACGUAUGCAGGGGACUUGUGGACUGUUUUCUGAUACGGAAGCAGAAAGAAGAGGACUCCUCUGUUACAAACACUCGCUACCAUGAGAACAACAUGUUGUAUACAGUGACUAACCUGUUUGCUGCUGGCACUGAUACCACAGCGACGACACUGAGAUGGGCUCUGCUGCUUAUGGCUAAAUAUCCACAUAUACAAGACCAGGUCCAGGAGGAGAUGGACAGGGUGGUUGGAAGUCGUGUGGUCCAGGUAGAUGACCGUAAAAACCUGCCCUACACCGACGCUGUCAUCCACGAGACACAGAGACUGGCCAACAUCGUCCCCAUGUCCCUUCCUCACAAAACCAGCCGAGACGUCACCUUCCAGGGCUACUUUAUCAAAGCGGGGACUACUGUGUUUCCUCUUCUUACUUCUGUUCUGUAUGAUGAGAGCGAAUGGGAGGCGCCACACACUUUCAACCCUUCUCACUUCCUGGAUGAAGAGGGUAAAUUUACCAGGAGAGAUGCCUUCAUGCCCUUUUCUGCAGGUCGCAGGGCGUGUCUUGGGGAAAGCCUGGCUAAGAUGGAGCUCUUCCUCUUCUUCACAUCCCUCCUUCAGCGCUUUUGUUUCACUCCUCCACCUGGAGUCACAGAGGAUGAACUGGAUCUGACACCAGCUGUGGGCCUCACCCUCGGCCCUUCACCUCAUGAGCUGUGUGCCGUCAGUCGCCAAUGAGGAAGAGAGCUGGAGCAUGGCACUAUAACUGCCUUUACUCAGCCUCACACGGGACCUAACAUACUGAGCAGCCAGCAGAUGUCUCCAUCCGUAACAAUACCAUGAGACAGUUAACUUCAGUCACCUGAGACAGCACGCAAAUGUUGUCAUACAUGGGUGCCCUCUUCCAUGGAGGAUGUCAUGUUGUUAUCCAGUGGCCUAGAGCAGACAAAUCAAACACUGGCUGCAGAUCAAGAGACUCUAUUUAACUAGAAAAUAUAGGGCUGGUUUCACAGACAAGGUUUAAGCCUAGUGCCAGACUAAAAUGCACACUUUAACGUACAGGGACUUGCACAGACAUAUCUUAAAAUACAUGUAGAUUUAGCCGGUUGUGAAUUAGACUAAAUCGGUUGCAAGAAGGAGGAUCAGAUCUACUCUAGGACUGAAUUUAAGUUUAAAUUAAUCCUCCAAGGAGACAGGUUCUGCUUAACAAUGUUUGUGAGGGAGCAUGGACUACUUGGUAUAUCUAAACGGAGCCAGACAAGCACUUGUUGAUAGGACUAAUCCACAGAAUUACUUUGAGGAUGACGCUGUCACAUUGCAGCACUUCAGAUGGAUGAGAUGCAUAUAAAUGGAAUGUAUUUUUGCUUCGAUACUGUUACUUUAUGGUGAUUAAAAGUGGUUCAUUGUUG